AGACUUAACUUUUGUGACUCUUAACCCCAUCAUUGUGUGAGCAUCGACGAGGAAGGUGGUGAAACCAUAUGUCAGAAAAUGGCGCAGAACCUGAAACAAAUGGCAAAUUAUUUAGUCAUAACGUUCUGCAUUUUGUUAUGUAGAACGGCUGAAGGGAGACGUUGCCAAAGGCCUUUUGUGGAGAAUGGCUUCUUUCAUCCUGAUCAGCAGACCUAUCCAGACAAGGAAACGGUGAAUUAUAGGUGCGAUUCAGGGUACAAACCUAUUACUGAAGGAUGGUGGAGCACCAUUACUUGUGAACAAGGAACAUGGAGCCCAGAUCCUAAAUGUAUUGAUAAGGACGACUGCAUCCCCCCCGAGAUCCGUCAUGGUAGAGUGACUGAGCCUAAAAAGAGUUCGUAUUGGAAUAGAAACACUGUAAAGUUUGCUUGCAACACCGGCUAUUUAUCCAAAGAUAGCCAAUUGACAUGUCAAAAUGGAGACUGGACACCAUUGCCCAUUUGCGCACGCAACCAGUUCUCAUGUUCUGCCCCUCCUCGAGUAUUUGAUGCUGUAAUAGAACAGGAAUUUCGGGAUAUUUUUGAUGAAAAUGAGUCUGUGGUAUACGAUUGUAUAGACUCGUAUACAAUGAUUGGACGUUCAAGGAGCACGUGUUCAAAAGGGACUUGGACAGAGCCUCCUUCUUGUGUUCCCGGUCAGAGUGUGAUGCCAAGUCCCACUGUUUCUUCUGAAAAAGAGAACUCCAGAGAUAAAGGUGAAGAUGUAGAUCGUCCUGGACGUGGUGUUGGAGGUCAAGAGUGCCCUGACCCUCCAGUAAUAGAAAAUGGGGAUUUUACGAAAGAGGGAGAAAAUAAGGCAAUAUACCAGUGUAGUAGUUUCUAUAAACUUAACUUAAAUAAUCCAACGAUAACCUGCAGCAAUGGACAGUGGGAUAGACUUCCAAGAUGUGAACCUAAUUUUUGCAAAGUGGAGGGGAAGAUACCACAUCUGAGAGCAAUCGAUUCUCCAGUGUUCCUCAAAGACAUUGAAGAGAAAUAUUUUCCUUGUGAUGAUUCAUGGUAUCGCUACCGGGCUUUGGGUACUUGCAGGGUUAAGACGGGGAAGAUGGAGUUUUCCGGAUGUGGAUAUAAUAAUCAUUGGACAUUUCCAUAAACACAGUGAAUUUCCAGGAAAUAAUUAGAAGAACCAGGAGCAGCUUUCUGAUUUCCCUGUUUUUGCCUCGACACUGUUCAUUGUAAAACCAGAAGACAAAAUAAAACAUCUUGGUUUAA